AUGGUGGUAUUGUCAGAUGCUACAACACCGUUUAUCGAAACCACUUAUGCUCCAGUAUCCUACUCUGGAACUGUAUAUACCGAUUAUGUUGAUAAUUCUUCGUUACUUUCUUUGUCUGGUUCAAUGCCUGACGUGACAUUUAGUCACAAUGCUACUACUGUAAGUGCAACUGCAAACUUGAGUAAGCCUAUAUUGGCUCCAUUAUUAUUACCUUCUACUGCUGACAAUUUGUUUAUGGUUUCGCUUGAGGAAAUCAAUAUGGUUAAACGACCGCUUGGGUCAUACUCGAAUACCAGAUGUUUUGUACGGAUUCGAGGAAAUCCCGUUUUAUGUGUUAUCGAUUCCGGAGCCUCAGUGACUGUCAUGGAUUACAACUGCUGUCAAUCUCAUAAUUUACGUAUCUCGCCAUGGACUGGAGGACACAUUCGAUUAGCACAAGGAACUGCACAGGCUGCUCCCAAAGGUGUAUGUAAUUUUGAUAUGACUAUUGGGAAGAAACGCAUUCGUUGGGAAGCUAUUGUAUUACAAAAUCUGACGGUGCCACUGCUUUUGGGAGUGGAUUGUUUAGUUCACCUACGUGCCAAGAUUAACUUUGCAACAUCAUCUAUGACAUUUGCUGAUGAUAACACCGAAUUUCCAUUGUCGUUACGGAAAGAACAGGCUUUGACUAGGUUGCUUGAACCAAAAACGGAAUUAUUACGCGCCAUUAAUAAUGUUACUAUACCUGCACGUCAUCAACGAAUAGUGGAGGUUAUUGUAAUGAAGUCUUCCCCUUAUUUCGCGGCUCCUGUUGAAGGAUGGGUCUCUUCAUACGAACCGUUUGCUGCUAAAUAUCAAGUGUGGACGUCGAACAUGCUCGGCUGCUUAUCAGAUGGAAGGAUGAAAGUGAUGUUGUCCAAUUUCUCGACACAUCUAGUCCACAUAUCACGCAAUCAAGUUGUCGCAUUGUUCGAUAUUGCGGCUCUACUAGACUUCGGUGAAUCCCUGAAUGAAAUCGAAUCUUUUAUGCUAACACCUGCAUCAGACUUUGAAUUGGAAGAAUUGGGUUUAGUUGCAAAGAUUGUUGAACUAGAGCUGUCGACUUUGACGCUAGACAGACACGAGAGCUCUAUUACUUCAAACCAUCACACUUUUGAUUCUUCCAAUGCAAACUGGGCUUGGGAGAAACUUGAGAUACCAGAAUUUGUAACAAAUGAAAUGGAUAUCGAAUUUGUUGAAGGAUGGCCUAGAGGUCUCAAAUAUGAAGCCAUUGAAACUCGUUUGGCUGAGGAUCAGUGUCAGCAACUUAAGGAUCUUUUGUUUAAAUAUCGACGUGCUUUUGCAUCCAAUCCGGACAAGCCGCCAAUGUCGUUGGGUACCCAUCAAAUUGAUGUUGCUUCUAAUCGGCCUAUCAAAACCGCACCGUAUCGUGUACCUCAUGAUAAAAGACAGUAUAUCAAGGACCGAGUGCAAGAGCUACUCAAGAAUAACAUUGUGCAAGAAUCUCGUUCCCCAUGGUCUUCGCCUGUGGUUCUUGUUCCGAAGAAAGAUGGAACGAUCCGUUUCUGUGUUGAUUAUCGUAAACUCAACGCUAUCACCGUAAAGGAUUCGUAUCCGCUCCCUUUGCAACAAGACUUGUUAGAUACUAUUGAUAAGGAGUUUUAUUCGACAUUGGAUCUCGCUGCGGGUUAUUGGCAGAUACCAGUUGCUAAAGAGGAUGUUUCCAAGACGGCUUUCGUUACUCACGAUGGACUGUAUGAAUUUAUACGUAUGCCAUUUGGGUUGACGAAUGCACCUGCAACGUUUCAACGUUUCAUGGACACUGUUCUCUCUGGGUUGAAAUGGCACAACUGUCUUGUUUACUUGGAUGAUAUUGUCAUAUUUUCGAAUACAUUUGAUGAUCAUUUGAAGGAUGUUGAGAAAGUAUUGAAUCGGCUGGUUAAUGCUGGAUUAUCGUUGAAAGCUUCCAAGUGUGACUUCUUUGCUGCUGAAGUCGAAUACUUAGGACAUGUGGUCAGUCGUCAUGGUAUCAAGCCUGGACCUCGUAAAAUCCAAGCUGUAAAAGAGUUCAAGGUUCCGUCAAAUCAAUCGGACACUAGAACCUUUUUGGGAUUGUGCUCAUACUAUCGUCGGUUCAUCCCGAAUUUGGCUGCUGUUGCUCAUCCCCUCUUACAAUUGAUCAAAAAGGAAGCAAAAUGGGAAUGGACUAUCAAAGAGCAGAAAGCUUUUGAGUUACUGAAGGAUUUGUUGACAACGGAACCUGUGCUUGCUAUGCCGAAAUCCGAUCGAGAGUUUAUUGUGCAAACAGAUGCAUCAAUUCAAGGACUCGGUGCUGUACUAUCUCAACUAGAUGAGGAAAAGAAUGAACGUGUUAUUGCAUAUGCCUCACGGACUUUAUCACCUGCUGAACGUAUUUGGGAUACUAGGGAGUUGGAAGCACUCGCAGUGUUAUGGGCUUUAGAACUUUGGGCAGUUUAUUUGUCUGGAAGGAAAGUCACUGUCCAAACUGACCACUCCGCUCUUGCUUGGUUAUUAAAAAUCCACCAACCAAAUGGACGCUUGCAUCGAUGGGUCAUGAGGUUGAAUGAAUUCGAUUUUACAAUCGUGCAUCGACCUGGGAAGCACAACGCCAAUGCCGACGCCUUGUCUCGCAACCCGAUUGAUGUAACACUUAUGGAUGUCGACACUUCACAUCCUGCAACGUCGGCACGAGAUUUUGAGUAUUCUGAAAAUGAUUUACGCUACGGGACAGUCCCAAGCACUCGCUACUCUCUGGAUGCAGACUACUAUGAACAAGCUUUCAAUGCUGAACAAGUUGAGGAAAGUUUGAGAAUGGAUAUGGAGCAGCUCGAACGUGUUGAAUUCAAUGAGUCUAUCGCACUCCAACUACUGGCUCUCGAAAUGAAUAAGGAUCAACAUGCACCAACCAAAACUUGGUCUUUUGACGCUGAUGUCUUUCGCAGCUCAGUUUUGGAAGUUCAAAUGGCUGAUGCUUACUUGUCUCGUUUGAUUAUCUACAUAUCAAAACAGAUCAUGCCUUCUCAUUCACGAAAACCGUUGAAUGACGCUGUUGUUGCUAAUGCUAAAUUGUACCGUGUGUCAGGAGACGGUCUGUUAAUGAAAGUUAUGCGUUUUAAACGUGAACCUGAAAAGGAAGUCGGAGUCCUAGUCUUGCCUACUUUUCACGAUGAGCACCCGUUACCUCUACAUAUUGAGAUCUUGAAACAAUUUCACGAUGAUAACACGGCGGGACAUAUGGGUCGGAAUGCUAUGUACGAACGUCUGAAACGACGAGUUUACUUUCCUCGAAUGUAUAAGGCUGUAGCUCAGUAUGUUCAAACGUGUGAAUUCUGCCAAUUGCGAAAGAAGCCAUUUGACCACAGAGCUGGAAGAAUGAGUUCUUUUCCAUUUGAUGACCAAUUGAGUAGACCUUGGAUUCGUGUGGCAAUGGAUCUUGAGGGACCGUUACCUAAAAGUGAUCGUGGGAACACGUAUAUACUGGUGGUGACCUGUCUCUUUAGCAAGUAUCCUGAAGCUGUACCGAUGCCUAAUAAACAUGGUGAAACAGUUGCUGAUGCAAUUAUGACAGUAUUGAUGCGACAUGGAAUACCUUUGAUUAUACAUUCGGAUAGAGGAUCCGAAUUCAUCUGGGGAGGAUUAGAGUUAUUGGAGAAACGUUUUGGUGUUAAACAUACAUACAGUAUCGUGAGGUACCCCCAAGGAAAUCCUUAUGCCGAAAGAUUUAACCGCUGGUUGAUUGAUUGGUUGUCUGCAACUUCAAACCAAAAAUAUGUCUCACGCAAGGAACGAUUUCGUAAGUGGGAGCGCCUGUUAGAUCCUAUUCUUUUUGCCUAUCGCACUUCAAUCCAUUCGACUACUCGUGAGACACCAUUUUACUUGAAUCAUGGCAGAGACGCGAUGCUCCCAUUUGAUGUACUGUCGCAACCCCUUACACUUAAAUCUUUUGAAGACGAUUCCAUCGAGUAUAAGAAAUCUCAAAUCCAAUACGCACGAGACGUUGCAGGUAAAUUAAAAGAAGCAUUUGAUCACGCACGUAUGAUGAUACGAGAGGCUCAAACGUUUGCCAAACACAUUUACGAUCGUGAUCGUCAUGAUGUAGAUUUUCGAACUGAUGAUUUAGUUCAACGUUGGGUAAUUGCGUCGGCACAAAAGAAAUCAACUGACCCAAGGGGAUUUAGAAAGUUGAUUGGACGAUGGACAGGGCCGUUUCGGAUUUUGGAACAAGUAAAUCACGUUGUGUAUAACAUUAUACCGUUGAAUGCAGAUGCUGAAGUAGUUCCUAUACGUGUUCAUGUCACUCAAAUACGUCCAUUUUUGUUACGCCAAAAGACGUGGGAUGGGAAAUCGCUACCCGAAUUCAAUGAUUACGCUAUUAAUGAACAUGGAAUUCCUGUACUAGAUAUGCCAGAUUUAGAUGAGGAUAUCGAAAAUCAAUUAUUAGAAGGAAUGCAUUUUGACGGCGAUGAAGGUAAUGUGGAGAACGAAUUGGCUAGACAAGAAGGUACAACGACAAAGGGACACAAUUUUGAUUUUGGAAGCAAACACACUCGCAAUACAAAUGCCGAAGUAAAGAGCGGAACAGAACGGAGUGGCCAAUCUAUGAAUUCCGAACUUGGCUCUACAUCUUCAUUGACAGAUCCGAUUGAAACAACAUCAAACACCUCAAAAGGAACUUCGCGUCGUCGUAGUCGUCAACGAACUCGACGUAUGGUAAUGGAAGAAGAUGAAAAGGAAACGGAGCGACAGAUUGGUGCUUCUGCUCUGGGAGCAGGACAUACUGAUGUGACGAAAAGUACAAGUUCUGCAGAAACUACGACUCUAGAUCCAGAACGUCCAUUGUUGAAUAUUCAUGGUAACGAAUUAGCUCCUCGCGAGUUUUACGUUAAAACGAACUUACCACGUACUCGUGGAAAUAAGAAACAGAAUUGGAAGUUCCUAAGGGAUGAAGAAAUUCAACUAAAACCUCGUCAAAAGGUCACAAGAGCUGCUGUUCUUGAAGAGGAAGAGGUGGAUUUACCAGUAUUCUUGCUUGAUUCAAAUGUGAUGCUCAAACAUGAGGUCAAUGUUGAUAGCGAAAUAUUAACCAAACGUGGAUUCCGCCGAAGCCUUGAUACACUUACAACUCAACUGAACAUUAUAACCAUUGAUUCCGUCACGCAACUCAGUCUGCGCAUGGCUUCACUAAACACCGAUGAAGACCACAUGAAUGUUGAUGAUGAACGUCAACCUACAGAAGAAGGCGAAGUGGUUAAUGGACAGCUCAAUCCGAGUGCUAAUAACAAUAACAUUAAUUCUAGUCUUGACGAACGACAAAUUGUAAACCGCCAUAGUGCCACACCACCAGUUACCGAUCGUCGUGAACGACGACGUGAUGAUAAUAACCGACGUAGAGAAGAUAGAAACGAAACUGGGGAACGUAGACGUGAUGACCGCUAUGAUAUUGACCGCAGAAAUGACAAUCGGAAUGAUAAUAAUAGGAACGAUAUGGAUAGACGAACUCGCAAUGCCCCAUACAUUGAAGGCCGCAAUCGUCGUUUUAAUGAUGACAGCUCUCGCAAUGGUGGUGGGAACAGCGGUGGUAACUCGAUGGUACAUGAUUACUUUCAAAUUAAUUCAGAUAGAUACGGUGGUCAUCUCGGAGUACAUCAUACUCAUAUAGUCAAUCCGUUGUCGGAUCAUUCUCUUAAAAAGGAGCAGCUAUGUGUAAGACCUGGUGCAAUUAGGGAAUCCGGAAUUCCUAUAGUAUUACUGCUGGGACCAGACUACUGUGAAACAUGUGCAUUGAUGGAGCAUCUUAUCGGGCCUCAUGGCUAUUGUGUAAAACGGCCUUGCUCGGACCGCAUCCCAGGAACCAUCCCGCCGUCUUUAAUUCAUUUUGAGCCAAGAAACCGCUCAACUUGGCCUUCCUACUUGAGGCUACAUCCCACAUAUUUGUCGAAUCUGCCGGAUCAGAGUGAAGCGUUGGGUAAUGAUACUAAUCCGCCUAUGCUAUUGCCUCCGGCUCCAUUGAAUGCAGAACUGGUAAAUAAUACAGCUGCAAAUCAAACUCCACUAAUGAAUAGCGCACCGCCGCCCGUAAUGAGUAAUGUCAAUCCUUCUAGUCAUCCGUCACAGAUGCCACAACAAUAUGGGUACGCAGCACCACCUCUAACACAACACGUGCAACAUAAUGGUCCUUAUGGAGCUCCAACCAUGCAGCCACAACAACAACCAUACCAGUAUCCACAGAACACUGCUUAUUAUGGUUAUCCACCACCACCGCGAUGA